AUGGCAAUCCGAGCUUACAGCGCAAUCAGUGUGAGCUGUGGUGUCGUCUUGUUGGCCACGUUGCUCCAUGUGAGGACCGCCGAUGCUGUGGCCUGUUCCGCAACCAUCCUCACCAACUGCACUAACUGUACGGAAGCGGUGAAUGCUAACCAUGAGGACUGUGUCUCCACAACCUCAACGACAACGACAACGACAACCACAACGACAACGACAACGGAACGUUCCAGAGUUCGCGUUAUACGCAUAAGUAAUUUGAGGUACACCGCUAGGCGUCGCAUUCGUGUCAAUGGUAAUGGCGGAGCCGCAUCUUCUACUGGCACAGGUGUCGGUACGGGUACCAGUACGGGUACGGGUACGGAUACGUUUACAGGUGCAAGAAACAGAAGGAAUAACAGGAACAGAAGGAAUAUCAGGAACAGAAGGAAUAUUAGGAACAUGCGAAACGGCAGAAACGUUGGAAACUUGCAAAACGGCGUAAGUGUCAUCAACCUGAGAAGCAUGAGAAACGGCAGGAACAGGAGGAACGCCAGAAAUGGAAGGAACGGCAGGAACAUAAAUCGCAAUGUGCUUUUCGGUUAA